AUGCCUGUUCCAAAUGUGACCGACGAUUUGCCACUCCAGCAGACAAGCAAUCACACGAAACGCGCUGCCAACGAAGUCUUUUCGCAUAAAAUGGGCCCAUUCAAAGUUGUGUCUGGUGUACGCAGCAAGCGCAAGUCAAAGUGCACAAAUAUUGAAGUAAAGCAAGAGCCUGGUAUUAAGGAAGAGCCCAGCGAACGUGACAAUGUCAUAGAUAUACCACGGCCACGAGUUGAUGGAAGAUAUCGUGCGAAUUAUGAAGGACCGUUCGACUUUGGCUAUGACUUCGAUGAGGUAAAGGAUGAAAUCAAAUGUGAAGAAGAAGAGACGGGCAAAGAAGAGGACUCGACACCAUGUGAACGAUCGAAUGAGGGCGCUGCCGCCAUGGCCGAUGACAACGAGGAGCCAACGGAUGACACAAUCGAUGUACAACAACCGCAACCAGUCGACCACAAGAAGGAACAGAAUGGAAGAAGCUCCAAAAGCCGAAACAGACGAGCGAAUCCUAGGAAUCAAGCGGCCAUAAAACAAAAGAAGCACAAAUGCCAUGUGUGCAAUCAUGUAGCAGAUCGAAAGUUUCACCUCCUGGCACACUUGCGAACUCACACUGGAGAGAAGCCGUAUCAGUGUGAUGUUUGUUCGAAGUCCUUUGCACAAAGGAGUAAUCUGAACCGUCAUAAGAAAACGCAUGGUCAAUUUCGUUGUUCAAAAUGUAAUCAAGGAUUUGAGCAAGAAUCAGUCAAGAUCGACCACGAAGCGUUGUGCAACCCAUGUCAAUUCGAAUGCGAUAUUUGCGGAUAUGGAGCAUUGCACAAACCAAAUUUAACAGCGCAUAUGCGGAUUCACUCAGGAGAAAAGCCGUUCGAGUGCUCAAUUUGUUUCAGAUCGUUCACAACCAACACAAAUCUCCGAACUCAUUCGAUGACUCACAUCGGAGGACCGCCAAAUGCUUGUGCGAAUUGUGGCCGACGAUUUGCCACUCCAGACGAUAAGCAAGCACACGAAACACGCUGCCAACGAAGUCCCUUCGCAUGUAAUCAGUGUCAUUACAAAACUGUCUACAAGACUACUUUCAAGCGGCACAUGCAAUCAAAACACGAAGCCAAAAGAUCGAUCGAAUGUGGAAUUUGCAGCGAACAAUUCGUCGAACAGAUUCAAUUAAAUCGGCACUUGUCAACAGCACACAGUGACCAAUUCCCAUUCCAAUGCUCGAAGUGCUUCGGAGGAUACGCAACCGAAGAUGCAAAAGAGGUGGCCACCGUCAUUAUCAAUGCCAUUUAUGCAAGAAGUAUCGCCGAGACAAAAAAUACUUGA